AUGGAAUCAGUAAGUAAACCUAUAUCAGAAACUACAAAAUCGAAACAACAGUUACUAGAAGAAAGACGAGCUAGAUUAGCUAAAUGGAAAUUGAAAAAGAUUCAAAAUCAACAGCCACCAAAGACUCUAGAUAAUGAUACAACAAAAUUAUCAUUGCAACCGUUAAAUCAAACAACAAAAAUUACCACCAUACCUACGUCCACCACUACCACAAUUAAUAAAAUUUUAUCCACUGAAAAUAAUAUUACUAACAACAUUCCUGAUGGAAGUAUAUCAAACAAAGUUUCAUUGAAUAGUAAUAAUAACAAUAAAGAUUUACAAGAUGAUAAAAGUUUAGCUAGGCAAAAAAAAAUAGAAGCAUGGAAGUUGAAGAAAAGACAGAGAGAUGCAUCUAAGAAUAACAAGGAACAAAGUUUAAAUCCAAGCUCAACUGUCAAUACAAUCGUCAACCAAAAAAAAUAUAAAAAAUCUAAAAAUAUACAUGGACCAAUUAUAUUUGAUGAAGAGAACCAUGCCAAUGACAUACUUAAGUCUAUGGAACCAUUAUCAUUCAAUCACUUCAGUACACCCGUUGCCACUAUCGAUGAAUCUUCAAAUGUUUUCAAAAAUAGUGAAAUGUCAGAGAACAAUAAUGACAAUGGUGUAGAUAUAUUCGAACAAUUAAUGGACAACUUGGAAAAAAAUGAAAUAACUAAUAAUAAAAAUAACAGCUCCUCUAUAAAUCUAAAUACCUUUGAUCUUUUUAACACAGAUGAGUCUGGCACAAUAGAUGAUGACAGAAUGGAAGAUUCUGAAGAUGAUAUAGAAACCAAAAAUAAAAUGAAAAGGGUAGCAAGAUUAAAAAAAUUAAAAACUGUUCCUGAUGUUAACUUUAAUCAAACAUCAUUAGAACCGAUUCGAAAAGUGUUUUAUCGCGAACCCAAAGAAUUAGAAAGACUAACUAUGGAUGACAUUGAAGAAUUGAGAUUAAGAUUAGGCAACAUAAAAGUCAAAGGAAAAAAUUGUCCAUGCCCUGUUCUAAGAUGGUCUCAAUUAGGAUUAUCAACAUCAAUAAUGGAUCUUAUUGAAAAUCUUUUUAAAUUUGAAACUUUAACACCAAUCCAAACACAGACGAUCCCUGCCAUUAUGUCAGGAAGAGAUAUUAUUGGCAUAUCUAAGACUGGCUCAGGAAAAACACUUGCCUAUCUUUUACCUCUUAUUAGACAUAUAAAAGCUCAAAGAGACUUAGCGAAAAAUGAAACAGGGCCUAUAGGCUUAAUCUUGGCACCAACUAGAGAACUUGCAUUACAAAUAAGUGAAGAGAUUGACAAAUUUUCAAAACUUGACAAGUCCAUAACAUCACUUUGUUGUACAGGUGGUUCAGAAAUGAAGAAACAAAUCACUGAUGUGAAAAAGGGUGUUAAGAUAGUAGUAGCAACACCUGGAAGGUUUAUUGAUCUUUUGACACUAAACAAUGGAAACUUAGUUAAUACAUCCAGGAUCUCGUUUGUGGUCUUAGAUGAAGCUGACAGAUUAUUUGAUUUAGGGUUUGAGCCUCAAAUUACUCAAAUUAUGAAGGUGAUCAGACCAGAUAAGCAAUGUAUCUUAUUUAGUGCUACAUUCCCUAACAAGUUGAAAAAAUUUGCCAUAAGAGUCCUAAAGGAUCCAUUGAGCAUCACGGUCAAUUCGGCUAAUAUGGUAAAUGAAAAUGUUAAACAAAGUUUCAUGAUCUGUAACAAUGAUAUUGAAAAGUUUAAUAAUUUAUUAAUGAUAUUGGAAAAUCAUUUGAAGAGUAUUGUAAUGUCAAAAUCCAAUGAUAUUGAUGAAAAAAUAAUUAUAUUUGUAUCUAGUCAACAAACAUGUGAUACAUUGUAUGAAAAACUAGAUAAUUAUAAUUAUGAAAUCUUUUCAAUACAUGCAGGUAAAUCUUACCAAGAAAGAGUGACCAACCUUAAUGAUUUUAAACAAACACCCAAUAGUAUUUUAAUAUGUACUGAGGUGCUUUCACGUGGUUUGAAUGUUCCAGAAGUUUCUUUAGUUCUUAUAUAUAAUUCUAUUAAAACGUUUGCAGAAUAUGUCCAUACUACAGGUAGGACUGCGCGUGGCACAAAAAAAGGUCAAGCAUUGACCUUAUUGUUAAAAGAUGAACUUGCAGCAGCAUAUAUCGUUAAAAAGGCCAUUCGAGAAAACGAAUUAUUAUCACAUGAACAAAAACAAAUCGAUUUACUUACUCAAAUGGCUAAUGAGUUUGAGGCUGGCUUAAAAAAUGGUAAAUUUAAAUUAUUCAAAGGUUUUGGAGGUAAAGGUUUAGAAAAUAUCGAAACACAAAGACAAGAAAUAAAAGAUAAGGAAGUAUUGACUUAUUAUCCUAAUGCAAUUGAAGAAAAUAGCAAGAAUGAUACAAAGCCUUCUGUAAACAAUAAUGAAAACAAUGACAUAGAAAUUCCUAAACUGGAAUACACUACAAUGGUAAAUCAAGAAAUAGAUAGUACCAGAACUUAUACUAUUAAGGUUAAUGUCAAUGAUUUACCUCAACUUGUUCGUUGGGAAGCUACUAAAAACACUACAUUAGCUUUUAUUAAAAAUGAAACUGGCUGUAGCAUAACCACUCGUGGGCGCUAUUAUCCACCUGGUACUGCUCCAAAAGAUAGUAAAUCAGAGCCUAAAUUAUAUUUGUUAAUAGAAACCAAUGAAGAAAAGAACAUAAAACUUUGUAUAGAGUUAUUAAAAGAGAAAGUACAAGAGGGUAUAAAGAAAGUUGAAUACCAGGCGUUUAAAAAUACAAAAUUUUAA